AUGCGCGGGCCGAGGAGGGCGGCGGGGGGGGCGAGCCAGGAGGGGUCCUACCGGCCCAGCGCCCCCCGUGUCCGAUGCCGGAAUUCGGUGUCGGAGCAGAAGGUUGCUGUGCUGCGCCCGGACGCGGGGGGCUGCGGGCGAACUAGGCAUCACAUUCCGCUGCGACUGCGUACCCGCGCGUCCAGCCCGUGUGGCCCCGGGCGCAGGUUCCUAGGGCCGUCAGGCCGGGGAAGCCGCGACGCCCCUCCCCGGGGCCCGGGGCCGGCGUCGCGUUCAGACAAAGGGGAGGGAGCUGGAGCUGGAGCUGAAGAUGCCUUGUGGCCCCCUCUGCCCGCCGCGCCGGGGCCGGCCGCAGCGCCCGCCGCGCCCCCGCCCGCGCCAGGCCCCCAGCCCCGCGGCGGCGCUGGGGGCGCGGGGCCGCCGGGGGGGCGCGGCGUGUACAUCCGUGAGUUCCGCGCGGCCGAGCAGGAGGCGGCGCGCCGCAUCUUCUACGACGGCAUCAUGGAGCGCAUCCCCAACACCGCCUUCCGCGGCCUGCGGCAGCAUCCGCGCACACAGCUGCUCUACGCCCUGCUGGCCGUGCUGUGUUUCGCCCUGACCCGCUCACUGCUGCUGACGUGCCUGGUGCCAGCCGGGCUGCUGGGCCUCCGCUACUACUACAGCCGGAAGGUGGUCCUGGCUUACCUGGACUGUGCCCUGCACACGGACAUGGCCGACAUCGAGCAGUACUACAUGAAGCCCCCGGGCUCCUGCUUCUGGGUGGCUGUGCUGGACGGCAACGUGGUGGGCAUCGUGGCGGCACGGGCCCACGAGGCAGACAACACGGUGGAGCUGCUGCGUAUGUCCGUGGACUCACGUUUCCGUGGCAAGGGCAUCGCCAAGGCGCUGGGCCGCAAGGUGCUGGAGUUCGCGCUCAUUCACAACUACUCGGCGGUGGUUUUGGGCACAACGGCCGUCAAGGUGGCCGCACACAAGCUCUACGAGUCGCUGGGCUUCAGACACAUGGGCUCGAGUGACCACUACGUGUUGCCUGGCAUGACCCUGUCGCUGGCCGAGCGCCUCUUCUUCCAGGUCCGCUACCAUCGCUACCGCCUGCAGCUGCGCGAGGAGUGAGCACUGCCUGCCCGCCCGCCGCCCACCUGCCGCCCGGCCACCCCGUCCACCCGUGCCCGCCUGCCCACCACCCGGGCCUGCUUGCAGGCGCUCCCCUUGGUGUUUGUGGUGGGUGUUUCCUUUCCACCAUCACGCGGUUCUCCAGCUGGCUUUCUGGGGGGCGUGGGGCCGCGGCUCCUCUGUGACACUCUUGGGACUGGUUGUGUGUAGCCCCGGCCCCUCGCCCCCUGACCCCCCCAGCCUGCUGGGGCUGCGUCCUGAAGAGUGACAGCAUGGACCGCCACGGGCCCACGUGGCUGCUCAGCCUGCGCGUGGGGUCCCUCCAGGCCCACCGAGCACAGAGCCUCUGUGGCACGGCCCCCACCCGGCAGAUCCCCGGCCGCCAGCCAGUUUGUGGUCCCGGGAGGCCAUACCUGCUGGGCUGGCUGGCCACUGGCCCGCGGGGCACCGAGCUGGCCACGGGCCCCGCUUCGCUCCGUGCAUGCUGAGGACAUGGCCUGGCUGCCGCAUGCCCACGGCCCUCUGCCCUGCCGCCCCGCUCAGCCUGGGCCGAUACCGGGCAGUGCCCCCGCCCAGCCUGCCAGCCAGCCGUGGCCGCCCACCUGCGCUCGGGAGGGCUCGCCCGCCUCUCACCACCCCUGCUGCCCCCAUCCCAGCUCUGCUUUGACACUGAAUCACGUUUCUUUCCUUUUGGUCCCUGCCCCUCCCCCACCCGGGCUUCACUGAUGGCAUCAUCAUCCCGGUGUGGUCCCCGCAGCCACCUGUGGCCCAGCCUGGUCAGGUCCUUCAGGAGAGCAGGGUGGGGACGCAGUGGUGCGGUCACCUCCCCCCAGGCCCAGGUGGAUGAUGGUGGCCUUUCCCGGACCUCCCCGAGGACCGCUCUGCCUCACGGCUCAUGGGCUCUGCUCUGUGAAUCUUCCUAAGCCAGGCCGCUGGCCACACCACCGAGCCCACAGCUUCUCCCAGCCUGAAACCGACCUAUUUUUUAAUAAGUUAUUUAGACAGAA